AACAAAAGAACUCGUGAACAAGGGAAGGCCGAGACAAUCUCUCUCUAACAAAAUCCCAAUUUCUCUCACCGAUCCGUCUCUUCAGCUGAUAUCAACCCUUUUCUCGUUUCUUUUUUUUUUUUGUUAUCGAUCCAGUGUUUUUGUUGUCUGUUCGUGUUAAUGAUCUUCAGUUUUUUCAUUGGUUUUUUGUUACUAAGAACAAUUUUUCUCAUGAAUCAAAUACAAAUGAUGGGUUAUUUCACACCAAGCCUGUGAUAAGAAUCCGAUAGAUUCAUCUAUUCCACAAGAUUAAUGUUGUCUACAUUUGUCAAUGCGUGUUUGAUUUCUGAAUCUUCAGUCGCUGGUGUUGCAAUCGACAAGAAGCAAAAGCAUAAGCUUGAGUGCCAUAUAAUCAUCAUUAGUACUGAUUUGAUGACUGAUUCGAUAGCCGGUUCAUUCGGGUGAGCGCAAUUAUAACAUGUAAGAUUGAGUUAUGGUAUCUGCAAGAUUGAGGAAAAUCGUUUCGCCUUGUUGGAGGCCCUCUGCCAUUGGAGAAAGCUCUAAUGCCAGUGGUGAUGUUAAUGGCCGGGUCGAAGGGCUCUUGUGGUACAAAGAUUCAGGGCACCAUGUCAAUGGAGAGUUUUCCAUGGCGGUGAUCCAAGCAAAUGCAGUUCUUGAGGAUCAUAGCCAGCUUGAAUCGGGUCCGAUUAGUUUUCCUGAUUCUGGGCCUCAAGCUACAUUUGUUGGAAUAUACGAUGGUCAUGGAGGUUCUGAGGCUGCUCGGUUCGUCAACGAGAGAUUGUUUCAUCAUAUCAGGAGGUUUACCUCUGAACUUCGAGGGAUGUCUGCUAAUGUAAUCACCAAAGCAUUUUUAACGACGGAGGAGGAAUUUCUCUGUCUAGUACAAGAGCAGUGGAAGAACAAACCACAGAUUGCUUCUGUCGGGGCGUGUUGCUUGGUAGGCAUUGUAUGUAAUGGAAUGAUAUACAUUGCCAACGCUGGAGAUUCUCGAGUCGUGUUAGGGAGACUCGAGACGGAAUUUAAAGAGGUGAAGGCUGUUCAGCUCUCAUCGGAGCAUAAUGCAAGCAUUGAAUCUGUGAGAGAGGAAUUGCGUUUGUUGCACCCCGAUGAUCCUCAUAUCGUGGUCUUGAAACACAGAGUUUGGCGUGUCAAAGGAAUUAUACAGGUUUCGAGAUCCAUCGGUGAUGCAUAUUUGAAGAAAUCUGAAUUCAAUGGGGAGCCAUUGUUGCCUAAGUUUAGGCUUUCAGAACCUUUCGAGAAGCCGAUCCUCAGAGCUGAACCGACAAUAACUAUACGUAAGCUUCAACCAGGAGAUCAGUUUCUGAUAUUUGCCUCGGAUGGUCUAUGGGAGCAUCUGAGCAACCAAGAGGCAGUUGACAUUGUCAACACUUGUCCACGUAACGGUAUUGCACGGAGGCUGGCGAAAGCUGCGUUAGAGGAAGCGGCCAUGAAGAGAGAGAUGAGAUAUACGGAUCUGGAGAAGAUCGAACGUGGGGUCAGGAGGCAUUUUCACGACGAUAUCACCGUGAUUGUAGUAUUCCUUGACGCCAAUUUCGAGAAUCAGCCCUUCUCCGACCGCCACUCGGGUUUCGGAGGAGGCCCUCUGCUCUCUGUCAAGGGAGGUGGCGAACUCUCCGGCAAUGGCUUCUUCUAGUUUAUCAAGACACUCCAAGAACUUCCCUCUUACUUACAUCAGUGUCUUAAUUUUUUUUUUUCAUUUUUGUAACAUUUUCUGUUGUUUGUCCCUUUGCUUCAGUUUCUACAUCUUGUGUGAGGCUGAGAUAUCUGUCCCUUUGUCUCUUCCAAGAAAAUCGGAGCUUUUGGUCGGAAAAUAUCCCAAAGAGGAUCCGAUGUAAAUCGCAAAGAGUUGUGCAGAUCUUUUGGAAGAUGUAAAACUACUUGAUCCUCAUCGGUUAUGGCGGCUGAAUAAUCAAACUGUCAUUGUUCUUCAUUGUUUCAA